UGUUGCAAGUCAAAAUCUCUCUACUUAAAAAGAAGGUCCUCCUUUUACACUCCAUUCUAUAUUUCAAGCAUACCCAACAAAAGCUGAAACACCCACAAUCAUUAAACCUUACCCAACACACCAAAGCCAAUAAAAGCUAUUUAGCUGUGUUUCUUUCAAGCUGCUAGAUAUGAGUUGGUCAUGUAGUAGCUAUCUUUGCAUAUCAACUUCAAGUUCUAGCUCUGUUAGAAGUUCCAAUGAACUUACAAGGUCUAAUAGCUGCAAGUUGGCUUGUGAGUAUAAGGAGCAAAGAAAAAAAGGUCAUGACUUCAAAACCCCAACAAGUUUUAUUGCUUACAAUGGUUUGAGACCAACAUCUUUUAAGCUUGAUAUAGGUCAAAGAAGGAAAAGUCAUGUCUUGAAUAAGCCAAACAACAUCUAUGCUUAUUAUAGCUUGAAACCUCCAUCUUAUAAUUUCGAUGCUCUGGAGCCAUAUAUGAGUCAAAGGACUCUUGAGGUGCACUGGGGAGAGCAUCACCGUGGUUAUGUUGAAAGGUUGAAUAAGUUCUUAGAGAAAGACGAUAUAAUGUACGGAUACACAUUGGAUGAAUUGAUCAGAAUAACAUACAACAAUGGAAAUCCAUUACCAGAAUUUAAUGUUGCUGCUCAGGUCUGGAAUCAUGAUUUCUUCUGGGAAUCCAUGCAACCAGGAGGUGGUAACUUACCGAUAUUGGGUCUCCUUAAGCAGAUUGAAAAGGAUUUUGGCUCCUUCUCAAAUUUCAGAGAAGAGUUCAUUGAAACUGCCGUCACAUUAUUUGGCUCUGGCUGGGUUUGGCUUGUUUUAAAGCGGAAUGAGAGACGACUCGCAAUAGCUACAACAACGAAUGCUAUAACUCCAAUUGUUUGGGACGAUAUUCCUCUUCUUAGUUUGGAUAUGUGGGAGCAUGCUUAUUAUCUGGAUUAUAAGAAUGACAAAGCCCGGUAUGCCAACACUUUCAUGGACCAUCUUGUAUCUUGGAAUGCGGCUUUGGCUCGCAUGGCUCGUGCACAGGCUUUUGUAAAUUUAGGAGAACCCAAGAUUCCAGUUGCUUAGCAUUUUUCUUUCUUUCUCUCUCCUUUUUAGAUAGCAGAUUUUGUCAGUAUUAGUGUAACUUCUAUUUAGGAAAAUGUCUGUUUGACCAUCUAAUUUUUGAGGCUGCCGUAGUUUGUACUUCGUAGUGUACUCGAGUAAUCUUGUUUGGGCUUAUUUGUUUCUUUCGGACUAUUUGAGUAUUGGACUAUUCUUCUUUCA